CUCGUCUUUCUGAGGGAAUAUAAGCGACGCUCGAGUCUAUUCACAAGCUAUCCUCUGAGCGCAACAAACUCUACGAACUCCUCCGAAGUCAACUUCACUUAUACCUCAAGGCACAAUGGUUAAACGCGUGGCAGUGAUCCUGGCUGGCUGUGGUGUGUACGAUGGCACAGAGAUCAACGAGGCCUGUUCAGUGCUGGUGCACCUGAGUCGGGCUGGAGCAGAGGUGAAAAUGUUUGCUCCUGAUGCAGAGCAGAUGCAUGUGGUCAACCACUGCGAGGGAAAGCCCCAGACAGAGAAACGCAACGUGCUACAGGAGAGUGCGCGCAUCGCCCGCGGCAACGUCACAGACCUGGCUAAGCUCGAUGUGGCCGCCUUUGAUGUUCUCAUCAUCCCAGGUGGAUUCGGAGUGGCCAAGAAUCUGAGCGACUGGGCAACAAAGGGGAAGGACUUCUCUGUGAAGUCCGAGGUGGAGAAGGUGAUCAAGGGCUUCCACAAGGCGGGCAAGCCCAUCGCCAUGUGCUGCAUCUCUCCCGUGCUUGCUGCCAAGGUGCUGCCCGGCUGUGAGGUCACUGUCGGCCAUGACUGCGAGAGUGAGAAGUGGCCCUAUGCGGGGACAGCCAAAGCCCUGGGUGAGCUGGGCUGUAAACACGUGUGCAAGAACGUGACCGAGGCACAUGUCGAUAAGAAAAACAAACUGGUGACCACAAGUGCUUUCAUGUGCAAUGCGCCAAUCCAUGAAGUGUAUGAUGGACUGGGUGUCAUGGUUACUGAGGUUCUCAAGUUGUAGCUUGUGUCAGUUGUAGGUGUUUGGACCCACGUCCUUUUUAAUAAUUGCACAUCAGGACAUUUUUGUGGUUGUAGCUUUUGUGUUGCUGUUUAAGUUUCAACCUGUGGUUGUGUUUUAUGCAGGAGAACCAUUUGUGAAAUAGACAUUUUUGCCUUAAUGCUUACUGUCUGUUGUAUAUUGAUAUGAAUAAAAUCAUUUUUUUAUUAUUGGA